UGAACAAACUCACACAUUUCCAUGUUUGUGCACCAGGACUCCCACCCUGCCUUGCCCAUGAUUUAUUUGAGGGCAUAGUUGACUAUGAUUUGGCGAUGUACCUGCAGUUCCUUGUAAAAUCAAGGAAGUGGUUCAGUUAUGAUGUACUUAACCGCAGAAUUGUGACUUUUAGAGGUGAGAGUCAGAAUAAGGCUAAUGUUGUACCUACCAAUGGGACCAAACUUGGUGGACAUGCUGCCCAAAACUGGUGGCUUCUUCGGUUCUUGCCAGUACUGUUACAUGACAAGGUCAGAGACGCUAAGGAUGAAAUUUGGCAACUUGUACUGCUACUUAGGCAGGUGGUUGAGCUUGUGUGUGCUCCCGCAGUGUCCGAAUCACAGGCUGCCUACAUGAAGGUUCUCAUUGAGGAGUACAUAGAAACAAGGCAUCUCCUCUUCCCACUUAAAAAGCUUAGACCCAAACAUCAUUACCUUUUACAUUAUUCAGAUCUCACAUUACAGUUUGGACCCUUAAUUCGUAUAUGGACUAUGCGAUUUGAGAGCAAGCACAGCUAUUUUAAGAGGUGUAUUCGGGCAAGUAAGAACUUCAGAAACAUCACAAAAUCCCUUUCAGAGAGGCAUCAGUUGCUGCAGGCCUACCAAAGCAGGGGCAAUCUGUUUUCCCCUGAGUUGAUCAUGUCUGACUGUACAAGGUUUUACCCAGAGUUGUAUGAUAGUCAGGUUAAGGAUGCAUUCAAAGUAUUUGAUGUCUCACCAUCAAAUGCGGUAGUGACAAACAAAAUUACUGUACGAGGCACAUGCUACGCAAAUGACAUGCUUGUUAUUUUGAGCUGCGAGGGUGGAGAGUUAACUCUCGGGCUGAUUGCAUGCAUUGUAGUGAAACAACAAAAGACUGUGCUUCUUUUGCUCCGACAGAAAAGAGCAAGCCUUGAUCCAGAUCUUGGUGUUUUUGAAGUAGAGAGUGAAGGUGGUACUUUUAUUUGCCAAAGACUUGAUGGGCUUCUUGAUUACAUCCCACUUAGACACUACUGUAGAGGUGGCAGACUGCUGGUUGCUCUUAAACACAGUCCACCAUGGAGCCUGUAAGGGAGAAGAUCAGAAGCACACUGCCGUCACUGGAAGAGGAGCAAAUAGAAACUCUUGUCACAAAGUUGACGGAUAUUGGAGUUACAAAUCUGGAAGACUGCACGUUUUUAACAGCAGCUGACUUGGAUGGGAUUUUGUCGUUGAUACAGUCCAGAAGGCUGAUAAAUGCAUUCUCCUCAGCAUCUCAGAGUACCUUGGUUGUGUCCGGUGCGCCAAACGAGGAUCUGGUGGGGACGCCAAGUGUGACGCCAACUGUGACGCCACAGAAGUUUCAAAUCCCAUGGCAGAAGUUCCCAGAUACGUUGAUGGAUGCACUGAAGGAGAAGAAGAGACCACCACCAAAACAUAGAAGGCACAUGAUCCGGAUCAUCAUGGAAGACAUGAUGGCUACUGACACCAGACCAGGCAGAAGCAAGUUGAAGCAGGUUGCACAGCAGCUGGUUGAGAGAUACCCUGAUUCCUUCUUGGACAAAUGUGGCAUAAAUGUUGUGGGUCAGGGUUUUGCAUCCCUUGUAAUGCAAAUGGAGAACAGGGUUGAGAAUGUCAGAAGACAGUAUGCUUUUAGCACAUCCCAUGAAGGGAGGCCAAAGAAAAAAUGCAGAUCUUCUGACCGUUAUGGUUGUACUCAGUGGCAACCCGAGUCACUGAAUGACUUUAACAGCCAAGAGGAUAAAAAGAAAAUGCUUCAAGAUGCCUUUAAAGAAAACCUUCUCCCUCAGAGUGACAUUCAAAGACUGAUGUCUGAAACAUACUGUGCCCAGCGCUCACUUUGA